UCCAACAGCUGGAACGCCAGCGGCAGCCCCGGGGAGGGGCGGGAAGAUGGCCAGGACGGCAUGGACAAGAGUCUGGACAAUGAUGCUGAGGGUGUGUGGAGUCCGGACAUCGAGCAGAGCUUCCAGGAGGCGCUGGCGAUCUACCCACCCUGCGGCCGGCGGAAGAUCAUCCUCUCAGAUGAGGGCAAGAUGUAUGGUCGGAACGAACUGAUCGCACGGUACAUCAAGCUGCGGACAGGGAAGACGCGGACAAGGAAGCAGGUCUCUAGCCACUUGCAGGUUCUUGCCCGGCGGAAAUCUCGUGAGAUUCAGUCCAAGCUGAAGGCUAUGAACCUGGACCAGGUCUCGAAGGAUAAGGCUCUGCAGAGCAUGGCUUCCAUGUCCUCCGCGCAGAUCGUGUCAGCAAGCGUCCUGCAGAACAAGCUCAGCCCCCCUCCUCCUCUUCCUCAGGCUGUCUUCUCUGCUGCCCCCAGGUUUUGGAGUGGGCCUAUCCCAGGACAGCCUGGACCCUCUCAGGACAUUAAACCAUUUGCACAACCAGCCUACCCCAUCCAGCCACCCAUGCCUUCAUCACUAGCCAGUUAUGAGUCUCUGGCUCCACUGCCGCCAGCCGCCUCUGCUGUGCCCGUCUGGCAGGACCGCACCAUCGCCUCCACCAAGCUGCGGCUUCUCGAGUACUCAGCCUUCAUGGAGGUGCCACGGGACACCGAAACGUACAGCAAACACCUCUUUGUGCACAUUGGCCAGACGAACCCCUCGUACAGUGACCCACUGCUGGAGGCCGUGGACAUCCGCCAGAUCUACGACAAGUUCCCCGAGAAGAAAGGUGGCCUCAAGGAGCUCUAUGAGCGUGGCCCCCAGAACUCCUUCUUUCUCGUCAAAUUUUGGGCGGAUCUGAACAGCACGAUCCAGGACGGGCCAGGGACUUUCUAUGGUGUCAGCAGCCAGUACAGCAGUGCAGAGAACAUGACCAUCACAGUCUCCACCAAGGUGUGCUCCUUUGGAAAGCAGGUCGUGGAGAAAGUGGAGACAGAGUACGCACGGCUGGAGAGCGGCCGCUUCGUCUACCGCAUCCACCGCUCCCCCAUGUGCGAGUACAUGAUCAACUUCAUCCACAAGCUCAAACACCUCCCAGAGAAGUACAUGAUGAACAGCGUCCUGGAGAAUUUCACGAUCCUGCAGGUUGUGACAAACAGGGACACCCAGGAGACCUUGCUCUGCAUUGCCUUCGUUUUUGAGGUGUCCACCAGCGAGCACGGCGCCCAGCACCACGUCUACAAGUUGGUCAAGGACUAG